GCCCUAGGGAAUGGGAUGGGAUCUUCGUCUUCGAGACAGCGCGUCAUCCGCAAAGCCAAUCUGUCGAACCCUGUUGGCACUGCUAUUUUUGGCCUUUUGGCGUGCUCCCAGACCCUUCUCGGGCACGUGCUGGCUCUGACCGUCCCUGCGACCGGCGAUACGCUGGCUGCCCGCGGUUAACUUCUUGAGGCCCGAAGGGCUGACUCUUCGGAACUUUUUUUUUUUUUUUUCCUUUU